AUGGGGAUGGACCCCACAGGUGUUACUGUUCCAGUUGGUAUUUUGGUUUUGGUGGCAAUCAUAGCAUCUAUAGUUUCGUCGAAGAGGAAGCAUAAUAAUAAAGAAGCAACAACACAGAGAGAUAAUUUGACAUCGAUCAAUUACGAUCUCGAGAGAGCCACGGGACCCAGAAUGAAGGAAAUCUCGAGAAGGUCUAAGCAAGGGAGAAAGGAGUACAUAUAUAAUAGAGGUGAAGAUUAUCAGCUGAUUAAGGCACCGAAAUUUGGUGCAGCUCGUGGGUUGGUGCCACGAGCGCGGGAGUUUCUUCUAGUCUAUGAGUUCAUGCCAAACGGAAGCCUCGAUAACCAACUCUUCAGUAAGAGUAGGAGUCCUCUCACUUGGAUUGUGAGGUACAAGAUAGCUCUUGGUUUAGCCUCUGCUUUGCUCUAUCUCCACGAAGAGUGGGAGCAAUGUGUGGUACACCGGGACAUUAAGUCCAGCAACGUAAUGCUAGAUUCGAGCUUCAACGUCAAGCUUGAAGACUUCGGGUUAGCUCGGUUCAUGGACCACGAAGUAGGUCCUCAAACAACUGGCCUAGCUGGGACUUUUGGGUACAUGGCGCCGGAAUAUAUUCGCACAGGCAGGACAAGUAAAGAGUCUGACGUUUAUAGCUUCGGGGUGGUGGCGCUAGAGAUUGCUACAGGGCGAAAAUCAUUGGAUCCACUGGAAGGGGAUUCUCAAAUUGGGUUGGUGGAGUGGGUAUGGGAUUUGUAUGGAAAAGAACAGCUACAGUCGUGUGUGGAUGAGAGGCUCCACAAGAACUUUGAUGCUAAACAAGUGGAGUGCUUCAUGAUUGUCGGGCUGUGGCUUGCUCACCCAGACCGGAGCUUGAGGCCAUCGAUAAGGCAAGCAAUGCAUGUACUCAAUUUUGAGGCGGCGAUGCCGAGUCUUCCCACAAAGAUGCCUGUGCCGGCGUACCAUCAGCCGAGUGCAUCAACUAGUUCUCGUGAGCCUUAA